AUGGCGUCUUACCCGAUCAUUCAGGAACGUGAGGGGGAAUGGACCUCCAAUGAAAUGAUUGAAAUCCUAGGCUUUAGAAUUCCAGCGUUUUUUGUGUAUGGCUCUCAAGGUCCUGAGUUGCUGUGCGACUUCAUCACUAAUUUUCAGACGAAAUCUGAUGAUGUAUUUAUUGUCAGCUACCCCAAGUCAGGUGAGCUAAUUUUUAAUAGUGUAUGACUCAGAGCUUGGAAAGAUUUUCGAAUAAUCCCAUACUAUUCUUUGAAAAGCUGCAUUCUCAAAAGUAUCUUAUCGCUUUCGCCGUUGUUCUCAUUUAUCCAAGCAUUGCAUACGCAAAUAUUGCCCAGAGCUUUUGUGAAUAAUCUUAAACCCGACGUUGCUGGCAACACAAUUGUCUCGAUGUAUUUUUUAAUUUAAGGGACCACUUGGGUUCAAGAAAUUGUCUGGCAGAUUUACCACGAUGGCGAAAUCAGUAAUAAAGUUCUUGGAGAUCGCGUCUUGUACAUAGAGAAAGCUUUAUUACCAGAAUCAACUCAUCUUGAUAUUAAAAGUAUGCCGAGCCCUCGUCUAUUUAAGAGCCACCUGUCUUAUGAUGCGAUUCCAAAGAGUACAGAUGAGGCCAAGACAACCUGUAAAUAUAUCUACGUCGCCCGCAACCCCAAGGAUGCUGCAGUCUCAAGCUAUAAAUUUAUGGGUAGCUUUGGCACAAACGGAAUGAAUGCACCAUGGGAAUUUUAUGCGAAACUAUUUAUCGAGGGUAAAAGUAAGUACAUGAAAUGUUUUUAAAUUGCGUUUAUUUCGAUCACGGAGGAGAACCUUAGCCAUGGUAGACCUUUCACAGCCUCCUCCCCCCUAUCGCCGCCUUUACUUCCAGGAUCAAGCAUUGCCGGUUAAAUACACAAUCACGAGGUUCUUAACGGUAACUCGCCCAAAUAAUAAGCCAGCACCGCAGCCUAUCAGUUUGAUAAACUUUUUUAUUUUCCUUUUCUUUUUCCUUAAUUAAAUACUAGUUAUUCCGUGCGCCAGCGUUGAUCCGUGAAUCAGGUAAUAAACGAAAUCCUUUGCUCCCCGCUGGAACUAUGUUCAUUAUUGUCAAUACGUGUAAAACUUUUGUUUUGCCGUUCAGCUUGAGUACAUAUGAGGCGAAUAAAUUCCCUUUAAUCAGCAGUUUACAACAAAUGGAGUGAUCAUGUUCUUGGAUGGUGGAAGCACAGACAUGAUCCUGACGUUCUGUUCCUUAAAUAUGAAGACCUGCAGAAGGUAUGAAAAUUUCCCUCUUACUUCUGUAUCAUGAUUACCACAGAGUCCUUAACCUUUCAUCUGUUCUCAUCGACACACUUUUUUAUUUACAUUUUCAGAUAAUCAAUAUUACAUUGGCUGACCCGCAAAUAGCUACAUUUAGUCUAACGCGGGUCAUAUUUAAUCUUAAGUAGUUGCGUGAACUACUAAAAUAUUAAACAAAUUUUACUACCAAGAAAUAUGUCGAAAAGGAAAAUAUCAGGUGAUAACUUAUAUAGUCAACUACUAUAUACCUCAGUGGCUUGCGGUGGAUAUUUACCGAGCCGCGAAGCGUCAACGUAAAUAUUCACCGCUAACCACCGACACUGAGCUAUAACAUCCCACUGUUUUAGUAUAUACUAAAACAGCUCCAAAAGAUGAUUUUAAUUCACUUUUACCUGCAAAGAUUAAAAUAUUUUCGCGUGUAAAUCCAGCGCGAGUUGCUCGGAGGUUAAUGUUUAGGAACAGGAGCCCCGGGCUCCUGUUAGCAAUUAUUCCAUAAGCGUGCGUUGGAUCUGAGAUGGUGAAAAAUAGUCAAUUUGGUACCCAACAAGUGCGAAUGGACUAGUUAUUUUAUCAAAUUUCAUUAAAUCCUGAACGGUUUGAUAAAUGGAGUUUUUUUAGCUCCGCAAAAUUGGCGUAAUGCAUUUCCAUGUAAUGUAACUCUGAAUAUGUGCUGAUAACCGGAGUAAGGUGAACCAAUCAGGACACUAGAAAAUACAAUAUUCAGAGUUGAAAUUUUAAUUAAUAACAAAGGAUAAUCGAAGCGCGCCUUCAACGCUAUCCACUAUUUUUGUAUUUACUAAAACAUUCUAACCAGUUUUAAGCGAUCAUCCGGGGGAUGGCGGAGAAAUGCAUAAUACAUAACCGCUUGAUACAACUUCCCCAGUAUAGGGGUAUAAUAGAAAACGAUGAAAACAUCAUUCUAUGCCAUGAUUGAUCACUUAAUGUACAAAAACUCGCUAAAACGUACUACUAACAUUGAUUUCAGAGGAUAAACAGGAUUAAAUUUUACUUACAGUACAAUGACAGUAGGUAAAGGAAACAUUUUAGGAACUUUGAAAACCUACCGCUAAAUACGGAGUGACCGCUUAGUACAGUACCGCUCAAUAUAGGUUCGAUUGUACCACUAUUCACCUCAGUGUUAGAAUUUUAGUAUUUAAGUUAUAGACUUUGUUUGCCAGGAUGCUAAACAAAAUAUCAUGGAGUUUUGUCCAAAAAGAUU